AUGUUUACAAUUACGCUAACCUCCGUCACAAUACCUCCACUACCCCUUCUUAGCACUCAAUUCAUCUCUGAUGGUAACCGCUCUGCUUUGUGGGAAUCUAAUGUUGUACCGGCACUGAAAUGCUUCAAUCAAAGCAAUGCCAAAACAAUGGAUUGCCAAGUACUUGAAAAUUGCAUCUGCCUUCCAGCAGAGACAAAGGCAAACUGUAAAUGCAAGGACUUCAAUAUCGGAACUUGGUUCAGCAAUAUCCGUAACCAACUGCCUGCAGUUUUGCCAUCUCUAUCGUUUCGACAAGAUCCACAAACGAAGGUGCAAGCAAUUGUUCCCAGUAUGGAAACGUCAGAGAUAAUCCUAAACUUUCAUGAUACAAUACAAACACAACUAUUGGUUGACGAUGCAGUAUGCCAAGCCCGGGCUACCAAUUUAACAGGAUGUUAUAAUUCUGCAAAGGGAGCGAUAACAAAAGUUAUUUCUCUAUCUUCUCAAGAUAAUACGCAAGCCGAAGUCACGUGCGAAUCAUCAUUCUUCACGGUGCCAUGCAACACCACGGGGAUUUCUUCGAAACUGCGCUUUAGCUUUUCUCAAGCAAGAAUUCUCCUUGUCUGCCAGAUUUCUUGCGGACAAACGGUAACAUCAUUUGAGUUGGGUAGUGUGUUAAAAUUCACUACAUCACCUCAAGGACUAAUGGAACAAUUGGUCAGGGGAGAAACAAUAACGUACUCUGAAAUCCAAUGGCCAGAUUUCGGACAUAUAGCCACUAUAUUUCUGCAGUGGUAUAAGACUCUUAUUGCCGCAGCAGUGACACUUCUGGCUGUUGUAGUAUUGACGUACAGUUAUAUCCACAUACGGACUACGAAUUAUCCGAUGGGUGAUUAUCCGUUUAAUCAAAAUAAUUUUCGGCAUAGCAAACAUUUUUACAAAAUGCUGCUGUCUUGUGUGUUCAAAGACGAUAACAAACUCCCACAACAAGCAACAAUAAGCAAUAAAAAUUCGAUUUUUUUUUGUAAGUAUUUUUGUACAUAUUUCACUCAUCUUUUUCUCUACAGGAUCAACGACCAGUUCAAUAUGGCAAGUUCAAACUACACCAAGGAAUUCGAGUCAAUUACAAGACUAUGCGGACCGGCAACGCCCACACAGACUAUUGGAACUGAGAUAGGAAAAACGAUUUCCAACAUCUAUGGCCAAGUAAAAGUAGCCGGAACCCUCGACAACGGAUGGAAGCACCACAUAAUACAACACACCUGCUCAGAGGCCGGUGCAGGAGAACAAGUCUUCCUAAUCAACAGAUUCUUGAGGACAGCGAGUGUUACAAAGGAAAAGCUCAUCAACUUCACCAAGGGAUACUUUUAUCUUGACGGUCUCCUUCGCAAUAAAAGUACUCAAAAAUCGGCACUUAACAAAAUCAGAGGGAAAAAUAUCCAGAAGAAGGUGGAGAAGGAACUCGAGAGAUUGGACAAAAAUAUAGCCGACAUGGAAGUCGAACUCGAUCUAGUAGCAAAACAAAUCAGUGAGGAAAGGAGAGGUCUCAUUGAGAUAAAACACAUGCUGGCAGACCUGGAAAAAAGACUCGUCUCUUCAUUGAAGGACAACAAAGAUAAAAAUAAGAAAACGAUUCUUGAAAGAGAACAAUGCAUUAAUACGGUUAAAGAGCUAGAAAUCACGAAAGAAUCCAAUCAAGAAGCGAACCUCACGGAGGAACCUGAACAAGACAAUAAACACGAAAGGGAUGCAAUUAUGUCGGAUGAUGACUAUCUGACAUGA